GUCUUAAAGUACAAGGUUGCCAACAAACGCAUACAAUGUAACAUGAUCAAUUCACCUAACGUUUGCUAAAUAACUAUCGAGUAGGCAUCAACUCACCACGUAGCUUAUUCUUAAUGUUUGUCAAUAGGUUACCAGAGUGAGGACAGACAUUUUUCGGAAUAAACAUGGUGAGUGAAAAACGUUAUUAAUUAGCCCACUCCCAACCCGGUUUCGUAUUAUGCCACUAUACGACUUUGUAUGCGUUAUUUGUGGGCAACCUUGUUAUUUACGAAGUUUUUGGAUCAGAUUCCUGUUGGAACGUUCCAAAAAUUAUACCUACCAACAUUGGAACAUGUGCUGAUACAGUGUGGGCAGUAUGAUAGGGAGAGAGACUGAGAAUAGGGGAGAAUGGGAUCCAGUAAUUGAGUAGCAUACUGAGUUGAACAUAGUUAGAUACAAUCACAAAUAUGUUGUUAUAUUUUUUAAAGAGAAACGUAGCUGGCAGAUAGGAUUCAGUUCCUCCCAGUACAGUGGGUGGCGCUAAUGCACCAUAACGUUGGAUGCCAACUGCUGUAUUGACCACGUGACAUUUGAAGAUGGCUGCCUGCGUGGAGAAAAAAAUGAAUUCAGGUACGUGUCACUAUCUCUGGAUAACGCAAAUAAUUAACCCAUAUGACUCUAUAAGAGAUGAACAGGAGUGGAUACUGGAGCCUCUGUGUUUCCCUGAGCAGCCUGCUACAGACAUCGGCACCAACUCAUCCUCUCAUCAUGACAUGGAGGUGGUGACCUGUGUGCUCUGCUCUCACUCCGCCCCUUUGUCAGAGAAGGACCGCCUCCUAAAGCACCUAGUACUGGUGCACAAGCUGGUCAUCGCUGAUGUCAAACUCAUCGCUGACUUUCCUAAAUACAUGGAAUACUGGAAGAACAGAAUCUCUGAGCAACCCAUCACAGAUUUCUGCAGUGUGAUCAAGACUAACUCACAGGGCCCUGUUGAAAAACAGGAGCACUACUUCCUUCUGUGCGAUGUCCUGCCAGAGGACAGGGUCCUCAGAGAACAUCUACAACAGAAACGACUGGAGGAGAUCCUGGAGCAGCAGCAGAGGGAGAGGGAUGACGACAGCUUCCAGCGCAUCUGCAUGUUCUGCAAUGACGAGUUCAAUGGGAACAGGUCGUCACUGCUCAACCACAUGGCCAGGGAGCACUCGUUCAACGUGGGACUGCCUGACAACAUAGUGUACUGCGUAGAGUUCCUUGACCACCUACAGAGCAAACUGGAUAAUCUGCAGUGCCUGUAUUGUGAGAAAACAUUCAGAGACAAGACGACACUGAAGGAUCACAUGAGAAAGAAACAGCACCGCAGAAUCAAUGGCAACAACAGCGAGUAUGACUGCUUCUACAUUAUCAACUACCUGGAGCUGGGGAAAACAUGGGAAGAGGUCCAAUCUGAGGAUGAUCGGGAGAUGGAGGAUGAAGAUGAUGAUUGGUCAGACUGGCAGGCUCACCCAGUGUGUGCUGUGUGCCUGUUCUGUGAGCAGCAGUCAGAGAGCAUGGAGAAGAUCUACACACACAUGGAGGAAACCCACGGAUUUGAUCUGCACAAGUUGAAGACCGAACUCAAUCUGCGGUUCUACCAGCAGGUCAAACUGGUAAACUACAUCAGACGAGAGAUCCACCAGUGCCGUUGCUACGGUUGCCAGGAAAAGUUUGGGUCCAAACCUGAGGUUAUACGUCAUGUAAUGGAGGCAGGUCACGUGAUGCAGCUACCCGAGACGUCAACCUGGGACCAACCACAGUAUUACUUCCCCACCUAUGAGAACGACGCCCUCCUCUGUGCCUUGUCGGACAGUGACAGUGAAUCGGAACACACAGGCCCUUGGAGAGACGUCCCUGUCAUAGCUGAGGACAUCUCUAACCUGAAAGUCCUGAAGCAGACCAGCGUCCUCAGCCACCUUCUGAAGAACACAGACAGCUCUAGUUAAAAAGCUGUAUGGAUGGACCAAUGAUGUUAUAAACACAGUGGAGGAUGCUCAGAGGAGAACGGCUCAUAGAGGAACACCGUGCUUCGCUGUAUCUCCAACAAGACGGUGAUGCCCAUCAGACACUGUGCACUUAGCAGACCAGCACACAUGUGCAGAAAUGAACAUGGCCUGUUUCACAAGAAUUUCCUGAGCCUGGACUACAUUUAUGUAUGAUUUAAUGUCAUACUUGGUACAAAUCACCAUGUACAACAUACCUGCAGGUGGAUUUGUUUCAUAUAGUAUGAUUGCUGACAAACGUGACCUCUGCAGAGAUGUGACAAUUGCUAAAUGUAAAUAAACAUUAUGAAUAUACUAUAA